AUGACUGCUCAGCCUCCGACGACGCCUGAAGAGUUGCUAUGUGUUCUCCACUUAUACGCUGGCUUUAAUCAAACCGAAAAACAACGCCGGGAAAGCGAGCGACAGAUUGCAGAUGCUAUUGCUGCUAUAGUAACGCGACGCGAGAAAGAAGUACCAGCUGUCAUUUGGAAGGCGAGUGGUCACAAUAUCAUUAUACACGUCGCGCAAAACGGCGCCGUGGACCGGAGUGUGGCGGACCAUCUUAAGUUGAUUUGGACAAAGUUGCAGGCGAUCAGCCGGUAUGAACCUCAGACCUCCGGUGAAGCCGUUCAGAAAGCUCCUGACGAGGCGUUGGAUGCAGGUCUCAUGGACUUGUGGAGGCAGACAUUCGACCACGUCUACACUACUUGUUUCCCCAAGCUGAGAGCUCGCAUCACGAAGCGCCGACGUGAAGCGCAGGAGUUCGUUAUCACCAUGAACGAUGCGAUAGCAUCGGAUGCCCGAUUACCAGAGACAGACAUUUCAUUGGGCAACAAAACCAUUUUGUUCAGGCUGUUGGUCAGCGUGAAACGAAUAUUCGAACUUAUCGAUUUGCCUGCGUCCGAGGCCGUGCCUAAGAUAGUCGACGUUCUUGCGCACGUGCGACGCUAUUUUGAGCAGCGGCAGCAAGAGAGAAAUGUGACGUCAAAUUCAAAAAUAUUCGACUUUAGACGUUUCAUGGAGAAGAUCUACUCUCUCCACACCCAUAUUCAAACUCUUUGCCGUGCUGCGACAUCAUCUCGCAGAAAGGUUAUGUUCCAUGCAGAACUUGACGUGGUGCUAGUGCAGCCUUACGCUGCCCUUUCCCGUCAUUUUUCAUUUUCGGAAGAAGAUAUCGGCACUUUCAUCGGAAGUCUAAGUGAAUUCGAGACGCCGCGUGAAGAAGAGGAGGAGGAGGAAUUGAAAUCAAAGGAACAAGAAACACGUCCAUUCAGCUCACGAGAGCGUCUCCUGACCCAGUUAGGCGAGUCAUACUCCGAAACAUCGCAAGUCGUGGACCUCUCUCGCCAGACCCCUCACUGUGAAUGCACCCUGCUUGUGUAUCACACGACAUCCGCUGGUCUCCCACCCCAUCCCUACAUUGGCGUCUCCAAGCUGUCUUGUUAUCCAUGUUACCUCUUCUUUGAGGCAUAUCGUCAAGUCGUGCCAAAAGGAAUACGGUGGGAGCUCAAAGGGACAAAUGGAAAGCUCUAUCCGGGCUGGGUUAGGCCGAAAGGAUUGUCCCAGGAGGUGAACGAGAAAGUUGAACAGCUUAUGGUGAAGAAGUUGACGGAAAGGCUCCGCUUGAGUCUCGCAGAAGCAAAGAAAAUUCCCGACAGCACGGAUGCAUCGGGCAGUUCUGGGCCUUUUCUACGCUCUGCUAAUAGAGAUUCAGGUCAGUGGAUCGGAUUUGAGCUUGCGUCGUGGCUGAUUAUCUCGAGCAUGCAGUGUGGUUAUCAGUUUUGA